AUGAAGUUUCUAUCUGUGCUAUCGCUGAUGUUGUGUUACAGUUCAGCUCAAAACGCUAAUGAUCCAAGUGAGUAUAUUGUACAGUCGAACCUCCGUGCGUGACUACCUUUCGUAAGCGACCACCUGCAAAAACUUUCCCAGUGAGAGCCUUACAUUUGGUACCUCUAGUAAACGACCACCUCCUGUGCGCGACGGCGACCACACUGUUUGGGUCUGACGGUUUAAUGAUUUCCAUUGGUUUUAACCUCUUGCAAGCGACCACUUCAUGGUCCUUCAAGCACAGUCUGAUCUCUAUUUUGGCAGUGUGUACUAUGGUAAUAGGAUUAUACGGAGAACUUUAGCAAAAUAUGGAACUACACACUUGCAAUAACUUAUCUUCCAUGAAAAAAGUUGUGUUCGGACAUCUUCACCUUAAGCGGCAUUUUUUGUGCUCUCUUAUGGGGGUUCGCAUGUAUUUUUAUCGCGCUGAAUAUCAUGACUACGCCCCUAUUUUCUCCUGUCCGUCCACCUAAUCAGCUGACAUGGAGAAAGCAGAAACUAGUGUUUAACUACCAAACAUCUGGCAACUUUUCUUGUUUAAGUUGUUUUUUUUGGCAAUUUUCGUGAUCCGCCUAUCGUAAUCAAAAACUCAAUCACCCUAAGUCAGAUUUUAUUUCAGGUAAUACCCUGUAAGUUUACGACAUUGCAUUCUUAAACCAGUGGGAAAAUAGUGGGAUUUAGGAAAUUCGUUUUAAUUAGUUUAUUAUGUCAUCUAAAACUUUUAAAAACGCAAAGAACGUAGAAAAAAGAACAUUGAGGGCCACACAAGUUCUCUGUUGAUUAAGAGAACACAAGUUGACGUGUAAAAUUACAAUAUGAUUUUGUAGGAUGUGGUUCUGUGGUAAACAACAUCUUGAGAAGUCCUGAAUUUCCAAGAAAAUACCCAAAUAACAUGCACUGUGUGUACAAUGUUUCCAUUCCACGCGGAAAGGCGCUGAACAUCAAUUUUCUAAUUUUUAGCCUGGAGUCAGGUGAUAAAUAUGAAAUAUGCAGGUAAGGAAUUUAGCAAUAGAGAGAUUUAGAGUCACCUUUACGGCAAACGGCAAGCGUAAGAUUAAAGUUGAGAAUAUCUCAAAAUAAAAAAAUAGCAGGUAAAAAAACAGCUCAAGCAAUUUUUAUGGAUAAAACUGGGCUAGAAAUAAGGCAAAAUCAGGCUUCUAAAAACCCAGGCUGGCAGUUGAGUAUAUCCCACCGGGAAAAACACCGGCCAAUGAGAAUAGCCCUCUCAUUUCAAAAUAAAGAUAGACCUGGUUUUAGAAACUGAUAACUGACGAAGAAGAAGGUAAAACACACUGAUACUUCAAAAUUCUUUUACGAAUUAAAGAGUAUCUGCCAGUAAAUUAGCGGUCUGGUCAAUAUGGCGUGAAAAAUAGAUUUCGCUCAUUUCUUGUGCGUUAAAAGACUUUCAUGUACCUGCGCUUAACGGCCCCAAUCCACUAGAUUGUAUUUUUAAAACUCUCGAGUUUUGAGACAGUUUUGGUUCAUCCCAUCCAACGCUCCCGUUGCCCGGCUUAAUUCAAGGCUGAAAGUUAACAAAACUUUGAAUGUUGAUUUCGCAAGAAAUAGUAAUUAUUAGAUAAAAGAAAUAACACAAAAAGCCAUCAUAAUUCCUUUGACAUAACACAGCGUUUUCUGCCAACAUUAAGCACAAUUUAACCCCAUAGCAAGAUUUUAGCGAUCCCCUUCCCGCACUGAUAGAUCAAGUGGAGCCAAACCACCCCCAAAUGGGUUUCCAAACUGUGUCGUUUGCUCUCGGAUAAAAGAAAAUGGAGUAGAGCAACAUAGAAACCAUGAUAUCUUGUGAAAGAAUACUUCCGAAAAAAAAUAUUACUUCUACGAUUUCUUCGAUUCUUUCUUCUCCUAAAAUACUGCCUAAACGGUGCAUUCAGUAGUCAUUGACCAGGUGACAGCUUUUAUGGUAUUUCUGUUGUUUCGGCACAGACGGCGCUCUCUCGAAAUGUUCCUAGCGGCAGAGAGCGAUGGGAGUCGGCUGUUUCGUAGCCUGUGAACAGCAGACAUAUUUCCGGUCGUAUUUUUCGGAGGGAGAGAAGCGACGACCGGAAAUACGUCUGCGGUUCGAAGGCUAGCUGUUUCGCAGCCUAAACAAAAUUCAAACUAUUAUUUACAAAAUCGAAUGUUCUUUGCUGGUGCUUGUAGAUAGACUCAAAAGGUGUAGAGACUUCUCAGUGGCUAAACCGAGAUCUGACCAAUGAUAUGGUUUUCGAUCUGGAAAAUGCCAUAGAUUUUUUAAAAUCCAAAUUAAGAUUUCACGUCUCAAGGCUUUUAUGUGAGCUGAGAUGAUUGAAACCCCUUUUACAGGCCUUUGGCAUCUGUAAGUAGGUCGAAAGCAAGAGGACAUAAAAGCCUCUUGUUGGACGUUAAUUGGCAUUUGUAGACGGCGGCAAUUCGAUUACUCGGUAGUGACGCAAGUGCAACAUAACAAGAAAGAAUUUGACGGGCGGCUUGAUAUUCCACAGAAACGUUUGGUGAGCCCUCAACUCCACCAUAAUGCACGACUCUCAAUUAGUUGAGGCAGGAGCGAGAACAUAAAAGGCUUUUAUGUUCUUUUAGCGGUUAGGGUUAUUUCUAAGAAUUCAACUGCCCUUGAAAAGUAAAAAACAUAUUUUUUUCCCUUCUAGGUAUGAUUAUUUGACGAUUGUAGAUGAUGACAACAGAGCAUUUGGUACAUAUUGUGGGAUCAAACUUAGUGGAAAGGUAGUUUUGGUAACUGGAAACUACGCAUUAAUAACAUUCCACUCUGAUGAUUCCAAACAAUACAUGGGAUUCCAGCUCACGAUGUUAUUUACGGAAAAUCAAAAUGGUGUGUUCAAAUACGAAGGGAGUCUUUCAUAA